AUGGUGGCUUCCUCGAUGGUUCCCCUCGUGUUCCCCGGCGAAUCGUUGAAGGCGAUUCGCGGCGAGACGCGCCAAUUCCUCGAGACGCACUUCUCGGCCGCCAAUUAUUUGCCGACGUGCCAAUAUGAUGCGGUGUUGACGCCGAUCUACUAUUUUGCUGGCGAUCGAGUCGCGCUUGAAUGCAAUAUGUGCGAUGUUGGCCUCGUUUUUAAUGGUCGUCCAAAACGAUGGGCUCGCGUCGAAAACGUGACCGAAUUUCUCGCCAAAUCGCAUUUGUUGGGAACCGACGAUGGUCCGUUGGUGGAGUUCGUCGCGAACGACGACGACGACGGCAACUCGACGACGAACCCGAUUCGCCAAUCGAAUUUUUUCGACGCCAAAGGCCAACGAAUCGCGCCGCACGUUUAUCGACAAGAUCGCGGGUUUUUAUUCAUCGAGCAGGCUCAUCCGCUCGCCGGCGGCGUCUACUUCUGUUUCGACGAUCAAUCGCGCGCCUCGCAACGCCACUUCUACAUCGUCAUCGCGUUGGCGCCGCCCGUCGAAUUCCAACAGGACAGCCUCUUGUCGGCGCGGAGCGGCGGUUGUCAGACGUCGAAGCGCAUCUAUCCGAACUUCAAUCUCGUCAACGAGCCGCUCGAGUACGGCGAUCAGGCGGCGUGUUUUCGCGAGAACGGCUACGACGAUUGGAGUUGCUACGAUCAAGACGAGAUCGAGCCGAUCGACGGUUGCGAGAAUCCGGCGGCGUCGUGCAAGGUGCCAAUUCGCGACGAGACCCUUCCGUUGGAGGUGAAGCUCUCCCUAACGCUCAAAUGGUCCGAAUGGUCCGAAUGUCGGGACCACUAUCAGUCGCGUGACGGUCAUUGCUAUCUGAAAUUGGACAAAUCGAUACCGCCAACGGCGGCGUUGAGCUCGAAAUGGGCGUGGCUUCGCGAGUUGAACGAUCUCGGCAAUCAUGUGGCGUUUCGCGACGGCGUUCCGCUGUUCAGCACGCUCGUCGCCCGCUGGAUGUACGGCGUCGCGCGAAUUCACAGUUGCGUCGACGCCGAAUUGGGCGGCAAAUUGGAAAUGUUUGACACAAUUUUUCGCACCGCAAUUCUGCCGGCAAUGAAUCUUGAGAAGCAUCCGAACAACGCGUUCAAAUAUUGCAUGAGCAAUGUUCAAAUCAUGGAUUUGCCGACGCGAAUCGGACGAUAUGUGAUCCAAAAACGGCAAUGUCAGGCGAUGAAUUGA